AUGGGAGCCUCGGAUCGUUAUUGUUUGCGAUGGAACAACCAUCAGGCAAAUCUGCUCUCGGUGAUGGACGACUUGUUGAAACAUCAGACCCUGACCGACGUGACGCUGGGCGUCGAGGACGGUCGUUUUCUCAAGUGCCAUAAAGUCAUAUUGGCGACAUGCUCGCCGUACUUUCGUACACUUUUUAUCGAGGUGCCCUCCAAUCAUCCGAUAAUACUGUUGAAGGACGUUCGCUACACGGAAGUGAAGGCCAUUUUGGAGUACAUGUACAAGGGGGAGGUGAGCGUGGCGUACGACGACAUGGACGCUUUGUUUCAAGUGGCUGAGUUGCUGCAGGUCAAGGGUCUGGUUGCCGGCAAUGAAGUACCUUCCGGUAGCCAGCCAGUGGCGCCGCCAUCGCCGACUGUUUGCAGCACGAGCAGCAAUUAUAACGGAGAAACGUCUCGAUAUUCGGACAACUCGUUGUCGAGUUCUGGCCAACGAAAUUCCGGCAACGUAACGGGGCCGAUAAAAACGCCGAAUGAGGAGGAAAUCGGCGAGCCCAAACUUCCGAUUCCCGGGUGGCCAAUGUCGCCGUUUUUCCCGGCCGACGAGCACAAGUCGGCGGUCGCUGCCUUGGCCAAUUUCCAUCCUUUCCUGGCCGCACAAUCUUUUCCCUUUUCACAGUUCAAUGAGAAUCUUUCCGACUCCGCGUCCUCGCGGAAUCCCAGCAACAACGGAUCGAACGAGGCUCAUCAGGACCCCUCGAUACUCCGCUCGGUUCUCAAUCCCGAACAAGAUUCUCCGAUGCUAAAAUCACCGCUCGUACGUCAAAACUCUCGCGAUUCUCGACGUCGCAGUCGCAAAAUUGGAUCUACGACAAACGAUGAUAGACGGAGCAGCUUCGAUUCACUGCAAACCGCUCCCAGCCCACACGGAAGCGAGCCCUCCGUUAUGGAGGACGAGGAUAAGAGAACUACUGGCCAAACCCUCGCCGAGGACACGAAAUACGGAGUUUCUAGUUACGGAGGAUCUCAGAAGCAAGAAAUAAAACGUUACAAAAAGUACGAGCCGGAAGACGUAUGGGACGCAAUAGCUGCGGUGAAAGGAGGCUUGAGCGCGAACAAAGCCGCCGAAUUGUUUAGAGUCCCAUCGAGAACUCUUUACGACAGGAUAAAAAAGCUCGGUAUACCGCCGACGAGACACCGACGAAGCGAGAACACGAGUAAUGUUGGAAAUGUGCAAUACGAUCUCGGGGGCAAUUCGAGCGCCGUUGGUAUGGAAAAUACGGCAAAAAGCACGAGCGAUUCGAACGAAAAUCCAGUUUCAAUGGCCGAGGCGACCUCCUCUGAAAUACGAGAAAAGUCAAACCGCCCUGAAAACACGUUUGAGACCGGUCUCGCGAGUCCAGUCCCGCGAGUCAGCAGCGCUAAUUCUCAGCCCCCAUCUCCGAGCGAAUCACGAUUUAAGGACGAUACCGAAGCCCAAGAUCUAACGGUAAGCCGUAGAUCCAACAUCAUAGUUUCCCCAAACAACGCGAUUCAAGAAACCUCUUAA